AGCAUCCAAACUAUGCUGAGGAGGUUACAUGAUGCCUAGAACGAUUCUCGGACAAUGCGAGACACUACGGGGCGGAAGGCGCAGCCGGGCGUGGGCGCAGCUCUAGCGAGAUUUCUCGCGCGACUUUUCUCAGCACUGCUUGACGACCUUGACACGACUUUCUUAUCGAACAAUGGGCACUUCUCUGUGUCUUGAUCUACCCUUCUAGUGCUGCUUCACCCCGCAGCCGGAUUGGUCGGGCGCUGACGCUCAGUCAGCGUGGACCAAGUUUCAAUGGGGCCAAAGCGCAGCCAUGCUUCUGCCCAUCGUGUCAAACAGCAUUCUUAAUGACGACUAGAACCCAAGCAAGAGCAUGUCUUCACGUGCAGAAUAUGGAAAGAGUCUACCGAAGGGCCUGCAAGGCGUGCACAGCAACCAAACGUCGCUGCACGAAAGAGAUACCGUCAUGUCUUCGCUGUACGACCAAGGGUCUCAGUUGCUCCUACCCUGCGACCCGCCAGAUUGAAUCAUCUAGUCUUGAGACUAUCACGGGUUUACAAGAAACCAUCGCGCCCCUCGAUGUAGAUCAAGACUACCUGUUUCUCGACGUCGACUUCAACAGCGUGGAAAGCAUUCUACCCACGUCCGACCUCUAUAUCAUGCCAUUUGAGGACCCAUAUGUGAGCAAUGAGCUUACCCCUGCGUCCGACAAACUCUGGUUCGUUACGAAUGACUCCUGGCACAUUGGACAUCUGGGCCCAGGUCAUGGACUGGAGUACAUCGGCGAAGAGUCGCUCGAAGUAUAUGUGGCAACCGUCCAGGGGUGGUUCCGACAGUGGACUACAGAUAAUACUUGCCCUCUAAUACACCGACAGCUAUAUCAGAAGCACAUGCCGCGCUGCAUCCAAGACGCAUUCACAGCGCUCAACUCGUACCUCAACAAGACCCCCGCCACACAAAAAGUCGUCCUCCAGAUCAUCGAGGACCGUGCCAGGGAUCUCAUAUAUUCAUACGCCACGCAAGGCCCGGUGGUUUUGCCUCUCCUCGAACACCUUGCCCGCGUCCAAGCCCUUCUCACAUACAAGCUCAUCUGCCUCUUCGAUGGCGAUAUCCGCCUGCGCGCCCGCGCGGAAGCACACGAACUCACCCUCACAUCUUGGGACUCGCUUCUCUGGCAGAGAACAACCGAAGAAAUGACCGCCGGAAACCUACCCUCUCUUUCUCCGUACCCGCCUGUUCCCCUGACGCCGUGGAAAGCAUGGUGCGUCGUCGAAAGCAUACGCCGGACAUGUCUUACUGUUCGCAUCCUGCAAUCAGUGUAUGCGACGAUGAGGGAUGGGGCGGCGGCAUGUCCGGGGGGUGUGGUGUGUACGUUUGGGGCCGGGCUGUGGGAAGCAGGGAAUGAGCGGGAGUGGAGGCAGAGGGCGAAUGGAAAGAGAAUGUUUAUGCAGAGUCUGAGCGUACGAGAAUGGCUUGGAAAUGAGGACCCGGGAAGCGUAGAUGAGUUUGGACACGCGGUUCUGCUGGUAACAUGUGGAUUGGAGCGCAAGGGGAAUUGGACGGAUAAUGGGAGUGCUUCAAGACGAAUUAGGGAAGCUGGAGCAGGUCACAGGUCACCAACCGAUGAGUUCAGUCGACGAUACACAACGUGAGUGGCAAAGAUGUCGUGUACUCGUCACAUGAAUACAAUAUGCUAUCAUGCUCACUCGCACACGCUCCGCAUCGAAAUUCACUCCCUUUACAACCCCUCCUUCUCCUUAACAGCCUCACCCAUCGCCUGCGCAUCAGUGCGAUAAUUCUUAAACUUCCUCGCUGGCACUCUCUUAAUGAACAUCUCGUCGAGC